AUGUGGACCUACAGAAGUGGACCUACAGAAGUGGACCUACAGAAGUGGACCUACAGAAGUGGACCUACAGAAGUGGACCUACAGAAGUGGACCUACAGAUGUGGACCUAGAGAAGUGGACCUACAGACGUGGACCUACAGAAGUGGACCUACAGAAGUGGACCUACAGAAGUGGACCUACAGAAGUGGACCUACAGAAGUGGACCUACAGAAGUGGACCUACAGAAGUGGACCUACAGAUGUGGACCUAGAGAAGUGGACCUACAGACGUGGACCUACAGAUGUGGACCUACAGACGUGGACCUACAGAUGUGGACCUACAGAUGUGGACCUACAGACGUGGACCUACAGACGUGGACCUACAGAAGUGGACCUACAGACGUGGACCUACAGACGUGGACCUACAGACGUGGACCUACAGACGUGGACCUACAGACGUGGACCUACAGAAGUGGACCUACAGAAGUGGACCUACAGAUGUGGACCUACAGAAGUGGACCUACAGAUGUGGACCUACAGAAGUGGACCUACAGAUGUGGACCUACAGAAGUGGACCUACAGAUGUGGACCUACAGAAGUGGACCUACAGAAGUGGACCUAA